AUGUCUACCGAGCCCGAAAUCUCCUUGUUGCCUCUUGGCGCCGUCAUCCAAUCCAUUAAUGUGGCUGGAGUCAAUAUCGUACAGGGCUUCCCGACUCAAGAUCUCUACGUGUCGCACAACGGUCCCUACUUUGGCGAGACCAUUGGCCGCGUCGCCAACCGCAUCAAGGACGCCAAGAUCAGCUCCCUGAACGGUUCAAGCUACACAUUGGCCGCCAACAAUGGCCCCAACAGUUUACACGGCGGUAUCAAAGGCUGGGGCAAAAGGAUCUGGGAGGGACCAAAGAAGAUUGGGAUCAGACAAAUUCCCGGCAUCGACGGCCUGGAGGGCGGGGAGAGUGUAGAAUUCUCCCUGAAGAGUGAGGAUGGCGAUGAAGGGUUUCCUGGCGAGGUCUUGGUCAAGGCCAUCUACACAACUGGCACGCAAAAGAUUGACGGCAUAGAGGUUGUGGUGCUGGGAAUUGAGUACGAGGCGGAACUACUGAGCGGUGCUGAGGAAACAGUCGUCAACAUCACCAACCACUCCUACUUUAACCUGACUGGCGGACCGACGAUCGAGGGAACGCAGGUGCAGCUUUGCACUCCAUCCUACCUCCCUGUUGAUGCCUCUGGUAUUCCAACCGCCGAUCCAACAACAUAUCCCCACGUCGCUACUCACAAGCCAUUCACGCUCGGCGCAGUGGAUCCAGACAUUGACGACUGCUUCGUGGUCGACCCUUCGACGUCAUCGGGGUCUAUUCCCUUGGAUACUCGUUCCCAGCCAUUGACCAGAUUGGUUUCAGCCAGCCACCCAAGCUCUAAAAUCCACCUGGAGGUGCACAGCACGGAACCCGCGUUCCAAUUCUACACUGGAAAAUACAUUGAUGUACCCGCCGUUGAAGGAGCUCCAGCAAGAGGCGCCCGCAGCGGUUUCUGCGUUGAGCCCAGUCGCUUUGUGAACGCUAUCAAUGAAGACAAGUGGAAGAGCCAGGUCCUGCUGAAGAAGGGCGAGAAGUAUGGAGCCAGAAUCGUCUACCGUGCCUGGAAAGCCUAG